AUGCGUCGUCCUUCAACGGCCUCCGUUCACAGUCAGAUGCGAAGGGUGCAGCCGUCUGAGACACGAUGGACCGCUGAGGACCGACUCUCUUUCCGGAGCUUGCGCAUGGGUGCUGCUGGCGCCUCCUGCCUGGCGAUGCAGCUUCGAGGCAAGAGCUUGACCAGGUUGGACCUGAGCGACAAUCAGUUGGGAGACAAUUCUGCCGCAGCUAUUGCAAGUCUGAUCCACGGCCUCCCGCAGCUGAAGAGCAUUUUGCUGGCAGGAAACAUAUUGGGCAAUCCUGGGCUCAAGGAGAUCGCGAACUCGGAGCUGCAGACCAACGGGAUGUUGGAGCAGCUGGCGCUAGGCGAGCCACCUCCUGGCUACAGCACCGUGAUCAAGACAGCUCGCCAGCGGCCGAACCACAUCUCCACAGAAGGCCUCGAGUCGCUGCUGGCAGCUCUGAGCCGCAACCCAAAUCGGCGUCUUGCAGCUCUGGCCGCGGGACGCAUAGCUCUUCGGGCAGAGGCAGGUCAAGCGCUGUCGGCAUUCCUAAUGGAGGAUUCAGUCCUUACGAGCUUGGAUGUGUCCUCCAAUGCAUUGACAUCUGAGGGCAUCUCUGCUUUGCUGCCGAGUUGCGCAAAGCUACAGAUGCUGGACAUCUCUGAAACGGGGUGUCGAGGAGAGCUUAUCCACGGUAAGCUGUGUGAGCUUUUGCAGAAAGCGGACCGCCUGGCGUCCCUGUCCAUCGCUCACAACGUUCUCGAGCCGCGGCCGAUGCGCCGCAUUGCUCGCAGCAUCUCCUCCUGCGCGUCGUUGCUGUCAUUAAACAUCGCUGGCACAGCGAUUGAGACAGAGGGCGUCCUGGCCUUGGCAGACGGCUUGCUGAACUCCCACACCACGUGCUUGCGCGAGUUGGACAUGUCCGAGAAUGGUAUCUCGGAGGCUGAGGCACUUGCUAGCCUCGGCAAGAUCAUCGCGGGCACAGCGUUGCAGACUCUGCGAUUGAAUCGGAAUCCUCUCGGCAAUGCAGGAAUUUGUCAACUUGCAGAUUCGCUGGAUGCCGACAGUUGUCCACCGGAUGGUCCAGUACUUCGCACACUAGAGCUGGGAAGUUGCCGUAUUGGCCGACCAGGGGCAACCUUUCUUUUGAUUCGUUUGAGGGACAAUCGUCGCCUUCUACAAUUGAGGUUGUCAGACAACUUUCUUGAUGAUUCUCUUGACAUGACGCACAUUGAGGCUUUGCGAUACAUGCAGUACCUCCACCUGGACAGCAACAGGCUUUCCCUCCGCAAUUUGACACGAGCCAGCCGAGUUUGCGCCAAGAAUCGCUUCAGAGUCCAGGAUCAGGAGCCUCGAGCACUGCGGAAAGAGAUUCGGCACUUGCAGGUUGAGGAGGUGAAGCUUCGAGAGCACAAGCAUCAAGCCGCCAAGGACUCUGCAGAGAUUUUCGUCCGAAUGAGCGCAGAGAACAUUGCCGCAGAAGAGCUUCGACAGCUGCGGCUGGGGAUCAUGAAAUCUGCUCGUCAAACUGAGCAAAAAGUCGCAAGUGUGGAGCAGAAGCUGAAAGAGCGAGAAGCGUACAUGGAGAAACUCAAGGAUGCCCUUGAGCAGACAGCACACGAGAAUGAACUCGCCAUCGCCGAAAAGAGACACGAUCUGGAGGACAAGGAAGCAGAGCUGACGGAGCUGCAGGCGCGGCUCCGCGACGUUGAGGCCCAGCUGGCCAGGCGACGUGCCCAGCACCCGAAGCAGGUGGCAGAGAUCAACGAAGAGAUUUCUGCUGCUUUGCCGAAGACGGAGGAGUUCAAGUCCAACCAGGAGGAAAUGCGGAAAGAGUUAAAGAAGCUCCAGGAGAAGACGCUUAUCGACUUCAAGCCUUGA